AUGAGUUUCCUGACUUCGUUGGGUCAGUAUGUGGCGGGGAUGGCGGACAGUGUCGCCGGGUUGGCACUUUCGCCGCGUCGUGCCCCACCCUCGAGGCAUCGGUCGGCUGAGGAGUCGCAACCGCAACCGCCGCAACCUUCGACCGCCACUAUGAGAGGAUUUCCUCGAGUAGUACCAACGGAGGGCGCAUCCGCGCUGAGCGCUCGUCGACGCACAUUAGAUUGUCUUGCACCAGCACAAGCACCACGGCGAGGUGGGUCUCUACGCGUCCCCCGACAUCAACAACCUCCAGAAAAACCGACAAUGGCAUUUUGCAAGAGACGCCUGUCGUGGCCAGAAGUAGAUAAUUCCGUCAAUUCUGGAGUGCAAGAUACAGACGGUUCGUACUUCGAGAGCUUCACCGCAUUGGCUUGGCGACAAGAAAAUAGAAGGCUUGCAGCGUUGAGGCUAGCUGAAGCGAGGGCUGAACGUCCACCCCCAGCGCCACAUGACCUUGGGCUUCCCAGUGUUUCUGCUCAAUUAUCUCACAAAGAACAUGAACAUCUAUACACAGAGGUACUGUAUUGCAUAGAAAACGCAGUGGGUGCUCCUGCUCCUGAUGGUCAAUUUGCAGCGUACAAAGAGGAGGUGAUAGAGCAUGCGCGACAAGCAUUCAGAGUGUCUCAUGAAGUACAUGCACGAGCCUUACGUUCUGCUGGCAGCGAGCGUCCGCCCACAGUCGUGCUCGGCUGUACCGUGCUUGAAGCAGAUGGACUCGAAGCUAAGGACGCCAAUGGAUUCAGCGACCCAUACUGCAUGUUGGGUAUACAACCAGCAUCACUACCAGCUUCCCCGCGAGCUUCUGAAGAUGAAGGACGUAAACACGGCUUCAGACUAAGUUUCAAGCGGCGUGACGGACGUCAGCAUCGUGACUCCCUUGGACGACUACCCGCUCGUUACAUACGCGCUACUAGCGUUAGACCACACACACUCUCACCAAAGUGGAAUGAAACUUUCAAAUUUGACAUCGAUGACAUAUCUUCGGAUGUCCUGCAUCUGGAUAUUUGGGACCAUGAUGACGAGAGCUCAGUGCUUGAUGCUGUAUCACGUCUUAAUGAAGUACGAGGAGUGCGAGGCCUCGGACGCUUCUUUAAACAAGUUUGUCAAAGCGCCCGACAGGGAAGCCAGGACGACUUUCUUGGUUGUGUAAAUAUUCCACUACGUGAAAUUCCUUCGACUGGCGUGGAGGCGUGGUACAAGCUGGAAGCCCGAUCUCAACGUUCGUCGGUACAGGGACGCAUUCGCCUCAGGCUAUGGCUAUCGGCCAGAGAAGCGGGCCGCCAUGACGAUGACAAUUGGCAACAGGUUCGCCAACACGAACGUUUAUUUGGGGUGCUAUUGGCACACGAAGUUGAGACUGCGGGAAUUGCGGCUUCAAAUGCUGAAGGCGAGAGCAGCUCAUUAUUUGAAGGUGAACUAUGUGGCGCUGCCCAAACGUUACUCCACCAGCACGCAAUACAGGGCGACUUAAGCGCUUUACAAGCAGCCAUCGCGCGAUUUGCCGCUGCCUGCAGGCUGAAUGGCGAUGCACCACUUGAUCCAAAAUAUAUGUAUAAACUGCUGACGGAGCUGGAACGAGCUUGGUGUGCAUGUGAAGCGAUAUCGGGCAGCGGUAGCGGUGACUCUGGUUCCGGGGCAUCACGGGACGAGGAAAGGUGGCUCGCCGACUGCUUCUGCGAGUUCGUGGAACGGGCUUUACAUCAAUUACGACUGCAUAGGGAUCUAUACCCUGUACUUCACCAAUACAGUCUGAACAAGUUAGAGUAUCUACUACGAUGCCUAAAUCAUCUAUCGCAAAUGAAGGCUUUCUGGCGCUGCUGCCCUUUCAACAAAGAAAUCAGGCAAGUGAGUGACAUAGUCAGCUCACUUCGGAAAGGCACCGCGGAAUGGUAUGAAGCAUUGUGCGCACAGGACACAGAGUCAGAGCGUGGUGAGGACCUGGUCAACCUAAUCACUCUUGUACAAAUUGAUUUGCAACAGGGUCUAACAUACUACCACCCUUUGUUUGAAACCACGAACAAUGUUCAUUACUUCAGCGUUGUUUUCACGCAAAUAGACAAAAUGGUAUCGGAAGAUGUCAGGCAAUGCAUGCAGCAUUGGCUUAUAGAAGGAUGGUGUGGCGUCGUUGAAGAAAAUAUAUUCGAUGAACAAUUAAACCCGAUUUGCGUGAUGACAACUGCGAAGACUCUGCCAUUCGAAGUGUUAUCUGCAGUACGGGAGCUAUGCGCAGCUGCAGCACUGGCACCGCAACCUCAUCCUCAUUCGCACGCGCCUCAUGUCCCUCAUGACCCACCACCACAACUGCUCGAUGCUUAUCAGUGGUUCGAACCGUUGAUCGAUCGGUGGCUCGCCGUCACCAAGACUAUGGCGCUUCAAAGAGUGCGCGCUGCCGUUGAACUAGAUUUAUUAAGUAACAAAUUAUUUGCAGACCGUCCUGUGGAGGGAGAACAUCUUGUAAAACAUAGCACCUCAUCCGUAGAUACCGCUGCAUGCUUGUAUCACAUGCGCUUGGUAUGGCGUGCUAUUGGGGGUGCAGAAGAAGGUACUGCAGGCGGAGGCCUCCGCUUGCUUGAAGCUGCAUGUGCGACCGCGCUUCACUAUGCCGAUCUUGUGCAUGGUGCACUUGCUGAUCAGGGAUACUAUGAUAACCACGGUCAAAAUAAAACAACUGAAGAAAUUUGCACAAUCGUGAAUAAUCUGGAAUACGUCCGGCGCUCACUUGGCGAGUAUGACGACGAUCACAUUGCAAACGAUGAAAAUGCGCGCCAACUAGUACGGGGUGCGCUUGGCACUUUGGACGCGCGUUCUAGCCGCGCGGCCUCACCUCUUGCAGCUCGCGCAAGACCUCCUCUAAGGAAAGCCGUUUUUCAUCUUGCUUGGUCACCUGACACUCUGCCUACGCCACAGGCUAUAACUCCACUACUCGAGUUUCUCGACCAGCACCUUUCAUCACUAAAUACGUGGUUACUCCCGCGUGCCUUUUCUCGUGCUUUGGCCGGUUGCUGGAGCGGUGUACUUAAGGAGAUGUCCGCACAAGCAGACGCUGGUGGGGCUGAGCGUCCGAGAGUCUAUCACCAUAGGCUCAGAGAAGCAUUGGAUUUACUCGCUGACUUUUUCCACGCCGAAGGAAAAGGUCUCCCUAUGUCGGAGGUGCACAAUGCGGAGUGGUCGAGAGUAGAACAAAGGAUGGAAUAUCACCAGGCGCCCACUGAGAAAUUAUUAGAGCUGUGGUUAGCUGAUAGACUCACUGAGCAAUCCCGUACACCGCUGCCUUCUCCUUAUGGAUCAAUACUGGUCCGGGUUUACUUCAAUCACGACUCACUGUGCGUCGAAGUGUUGUCGGCGCGUGACGUGAUUCCACUAGAUCCUAAUGGCCUGAGCGAUCCAUUUGUUGUUCUGGAAUUACUGCCCAAGCGACUGUUCCCUAAAGCUCACGAACAAAGCACUAAUGUACAGAAGAAAACACUGAACCCAGUGUGGGAUGAAUGCUUCGAGUUUGCCGUGUCUUUGGACGCGUGUCGCUGCAGUGGUGCGGCGCUGGCUCUGUCCGUGUGGGACCGCGACGUGCUGACCGCAGACGACUUCGCGGGUGAAGCUUUUGUAGGACUGGCGCGCGUGCCGGGCGUCAACAGCCACGCGCCGCCCGACCCGCUGCGCCCGCUCGAACUGCCCCUGAUGCAGUUGCAUGAUCGCGGUCACCCGAUUCUACAAAUACUGGAGUCACGCACUACUGAUAAACUGGCUAAUGACUUCGUCAAGAAACAAAAGUUAAGAUUUGCUGAUCAGUAA